CCCCAAUCCCCAAGAACCAAGUCUCUAAAAUUGUGUAUGAUCCAAAAAAUGUGUUAUUUUCCUCAUUGUUACAAGCCUAUGUGCGAAAUCGCCGCUACAACACCUCCUCCGCAACCAAACCACUUCUCAUUAAUACGCCCUUACAGGAGUCUCAUGUCCCGGCUGCCGUAGUUUGUGCCAAGAGGACCGGCGUCCAGCUUAAGACCCGUAGCGGUGGGCAUGACUAUGAGGGGCUUUCGUACGUCGCUAGUUCUCCAUUCGUCAUCCUUGAUAUGUUCAAUCUCCGGUCAAUCGAGGUAGAUAUGACCACCGAGACAGCGUGGGUCCAGACCGGGGCCACCCUCGGCGAGCUUUAUUAUAGGAUUGCCGAGAAGAGCCCAGUUCACGGGUUCCCGGGAGGGUCAUGUCCCACAGUUGGCGUAGGUGGACACGUCAGCGGAGCUGGGUACGGAAACAUGAUCCGACAACACGGUGUCACCGUGGACCACGUGGUGGACGCGCGUGUUGUUGAUGCAAAGGGUAGGAUUCUAGACAGGAUAGCCAUGGGGGAUGAUUUGUUUUGGGCAAUCAGGGGAGGCGGGGGUGACAGCUUUGGUGUAAUCUUAGCCUUCAAAAUCCGAUUGGUGGGAGUCCCUAAAACGGUUACAUAUUUUCGUGUGGAGAGAAAUUUGGACCAAAAGGCAUCCGACAUCGUUUUAGAGUAUCAAAAAGCAGUCGCCACCAUGAAAAGCAAUCUCUUCAUCCGCCUCCUCCUCUAGCCCAUCACACCUUCAAAUGGUGGAAACAAAACCGUUAGAAUCACCGCUAUGGCUCUGUUCCUUGGUGAUUUCUCUCAGCUUUUAUCGAUCAUGAGCAAGGAGAUCCCAAAUUUGGGGCUAAAACCUUUGGAUUGUGCAGAAAUGAGUUGGAUCCAAUCAGUUUUGGAGUGGGCAAAUCACGACCACAAAACCACUGAUCCAAAGAUAUUGUUGAACAGAGUCCCAGAAAAAGUGUUGUUCGUCAAGAGAAAGUCUGAUUACGUGUUAAAACUGAUUCCAAAAGAAGGCUUAGAGUUGUUGUGGAAGAAGAUGGCGGAUCUAGGAGAUAUAGGAAUGGUGUUCAAUUCUUAUGGCGGAAAAGUAGCUGGAGUCUCAGAUGUUGAGACCGCAUUCCCCCAUCGCACCGGAGUUCUUUUCAAAAUCCAGUACUCGAUUUCAUGGUCGGAAGAAGGGUCGGAGGCGGAGAAGGCGUACCUCCACCAGGCGAGAGAGCUCCACGAGUUCAUGACAAGAUUUGUGUCGGAUAAUCCACGACGGGCAUACUUGAACUACCGAGAUCUAGACAUCGGCACCACCGAGCACGGCCCCAAUCGCAGUAGUGAAGCCAGGGUGUACGGCACCAAGUACUUCAACAAAAAUUUUGAUAGAUUGGUUAAGGUGAAGACGAUGGUGGACCCCGAUAACUUCUUCCGAAGUUCACAAAGCAUCCCUCCUCUUACUCUAACAAGGAGCCGGGUUGACGGUGCUUACUCGUCGUAUCCCGGUCCCGGUGGCUGGUUUGCUUCUUGCUCACCCCCCGCUCUGGGGCCUUGUCGUUGUCCCACUGCUGGGAACGGCUCGCCCUUUGUUAUCGUGCUCUCUUGCCAAAGGACUCCGACGGGAGUCCGCCAUCAAACCCUUCAAGUGGUGGGCAAAAAGCUCUGCGCUUUCCACCACAUUUUGCUAGCCUUCGCGUCGUCCCUUGGGUUGGAAUGUCAUUUGUGGCACCGAGACCGGCGCCUAGAAGCCAGUCACGGGCUGGUUGAACAUCAUCACCCUCAUCAUCACCCAGAACCCGCUAGGGUCCAAGCCAGGAGCCCUCACGCCGGAGGUCUCCCUGAACUGAAAGAGCGGGGAGCUGAAGUCACCGGGCAGCACCAUACCUCCCCCGCGCACGAUUCCAGUGAGAGGCUGGGUCAGUAUGCCGGCGCUCUAAACCGGAACCUGCUGAGUGGGUUGCUAGGACCCUCCCACGUUCGUCGCUCUCUGCCUGGGAAUGCAGUGACGGAGGUCAGUGGUAUUUUGGCUAGUGACGUAACUGAGGCUGACGUCCAGAUCGUCUUGACACGCGCUGAUAGGCGCAGUCACAGUCAUCCGGAGGCCGCCACCGGCGUUGGCGGCAGAUGACCUUGUCACUCUUCUUGAUCCAGCCAUUCUUGGAGCACGCUUAAUGUGUUCGACACUCUCAACGAGUUCACCAAUGUUGGGUUAAGGAACCCGGGGCCUAAGAGACUAGGCGAAAGAGUAUCGAUCUGAGUCGAGAGUGCACAAGUUGAGAAUCAAGUAAGAUCGUAAGUAUUAGUGUUUAAGAGAUCCUCCCUCUUCCUUUCUCUUAAGAAAGGACUUAUACACAA